ACAUAUUACGUUAAUUUCCUACAAUUUCACACUGCGGUUUAUACAAAAUAACUUAAUUUAAUUACAUCCACGCGUGUAAUUUAAUAUUAUUAGUUAGUCUUUUUAAGGCUCAACUGUUUUUUUCCUUCGUUCUUCAACGAGACUUUUAUUUUGAAAGGUAAAAAAAAAAAAAAUCUUCGGUCUUCGCUUCUCCGCGCGUGUUUAAAAUCCACGGAGGAAGAACCUCUCCGCUCCGGUGUUCACCGCCGCCAUGACGGCGUUACUCCCGGUGUCGCUAACGUGUCUUUGUGAAGCUUAAUUUCGCUUCGCGGUGGAGAGUUGUUAAGAAGCGCCAGUGAAACUCUGCGGGAUGCAGCCGGCUGAGUCUCCGCUGGUUUUCUUUGACUUGGAGACAACUGGACUGGGCCGGACGUGUGAGAUCGUCCAGCUGGCUGCGGCGAGCGGCGGCCACUCCCUCAACCUCUACGUGGUGCCCCCGUGCCCGAUGCAGCGGGGGGCCUCCGAAGUGACCGGCUUCAGGGUCCGCAGGCGGAGGCUGUUCCUCCGCCGCCGACCCGUCCCCACCAACUCCCUGCGAGAGGUCCUGGUCUCCUUCGUGGCGUUCCUCCGCAUGCUCGGCCGCCCGCUCGUCCUCGGCCACAACAUCCGGCGCUUCGACUGCCCGCUGCUGGCCCGGGCGCUCGACGGGCUGGGCCUCCGGGCGGAGUUCGAGUCGGCGGUCUCCGGCUACGUCGACACCCUGCCGCUGGCCCGGGAGCUGCUGAAGGGCCGCGGCCUCCGCAGCUUCCGGCAGACGGAGCUGGUCCGGGAGCUGCUGGCCGUGGACUACGAGGCCCACGACGCUCUGGAGGACGUGCGGGCGCUGCAGGCGCUGUACGGCGCGCUGCGGCCCACGGCGGAGAUGAUCUGCAGGCAGAGGUUCACUCUGGACACCGCUGCGAGCAAACCAGCCGUCUCUAAAGAGCCGCCGGGACAGCGCCCCCUGUUGGAGAACGUCGGCCCGACGGUGGAGUUCACGGACGGAAAAGAGAGCCACGCGUGAAACUCGAGCGAUGAACGCCGGAUGGAGGCGGAGCCCCGAGGUCGUCUAGACGUCCCUGAUUGGCUUCAAACGACCAGACGGGAGACACGAGGGUCGGUCGUAUUUAUGUGAAUCUCACCGUUGUUUAAUGUUUUAUUUCUGGAACUCUCAAAAAAAGCUGAAAGAUGCGAUUCAUAAAUUGAAGAUGAGGUUUUUUUUUGAGUCAUCGAUGUGAGAAAAUGGUGUAGAUGACAGUUUGAAAAUGUAUUUAUAAAUGUAUAGUUUGGGUUACUGAGGAAAUGUUAUGCACUUUAUAUUCAGAAUUUAAUGUUUAAAUAAGAGUCACAGAAUAUUUUCUAUUAGGUCAAUAAAUCUGCUAAUAAAUGUAUUGUAUUUCA